AUGAGAGCUGACAACCAGAGCCUCCUGGGGGUUCCUCCCAAGGACUUCAUCCUCCUGGGUGUUUCUGGCAGGCCAUGGCUGGAACUCCCUCUCUUUCUGGUCCUCCUGGUGUCCUACAUUCUUGCCAUGCUGGGAAACAUUGCCAUCAUCCUGGUGUCCCGGCUGGACCCCCAGCUCCACAGCCCCAUGUACUUCUUCCUCAGCCACCUUUCCUUCCUAGACCUCUGCUAUACCACCACCACAGUCCCCCAGAUGCUGGUCAACCUGGGAAGCUCCAGGAAGACUAUUAGCUACGGGGGUUGCACAGUACAGUAUGCUGUUUUCCACUGGCUGGGAUGCACCGAGUGCAUCGUGCUGGCUGCCAUGGCUCUGGACCGCUACGUGGCCAUCUGUGAGCCCCUGCACUAUGCCCUCAUUAUGCACCGCCCUCUCUGUAAGCAGCUCAUGGCCAUGGCCUGGCUAAGUGGCUUUGGCAACUCCCUGGUUCAGGUAGUCUUGACGGUGCAGUUGCCUUUCUGUGGGCGGCAGGUGCUAGACAACUUCUUCUGUGAGGUGCCAGCUAUGAUCAAGCUGUCCUGUGCCAACACCACCGUGAAUGACACCACACUGGCUGUGCUGGUGGCCUUCUUUGUGUUGGUCCCCCUGGCCCUCAUCCUGCUCUCCUAUGGCUUCAUUGCCCGGGCAGUGCUCCAGAUCCAGUCCUCCAAGGCUCGGCACAAGGCUGUUGGGACCUGCUCCUCCCACCUGGCAGUGGUCUCCCUCUUCUACCUUCCUGCCAUCUACAUGUACCUGCAGCCCCCAGCCAGCUACUCCCAAGAGCAAGGCAAGUUUAUCUCCCUCUUCUAUUCCAUCAUCACCCCCACCCUCAAUCCCUUCAUCUACACCCUGAGGAACAAGGAUGUGAAGGGAGCUCUGAGAAAACUACUCACAAAGCUGUGGCAUCUCUGCAGAAAGUGA